AUGGGAAUGCAGCCGAUAAGACCCAAGGAUACGCUGGAAUGUGGAAAAUAUUUCACCCUCACAAUAGACGAGCCACAAGCCAUUCUGUCGACGGAGGCUGUCGACAAAGCAGAACUUGAAGUUUCGCCGAUCUGUGUUUCAAGCUACUGCACUUCAUCACCUGAAUGUAGAAUCACCGUCGACAUCGGCCUUCGCUGUCCCAUACAGAACUUGGAAUCGUGCAUGGCCCUGGAUGUCUCUCCUUUUGCCAUUAAUGGCGAUUAUCCAGUCAUCGACGAAUGGGAGAAAAUG